UAACAACAGAAUUGUGAAAUUCGUAUUUUUAUGAGAAAUGAACCUUCAAAUACCUUUAAUUUCCUCUUUUCACGGACCAAAAGCACUAAUUACGUUAUCCUGAAUGGUGGCUAUUGAAGAUGAUCAUGAUGUUGUAACGACUGUGUCUGUGGUGCAUCACUGUCGUCUGCCCUACUCAGUCCAGUGGAUUGCUGAUCUCUAAUUCUGUUUAGAGUGGCUCGCAACAUUUGACCAGCUAGCUUUGAAAAAAAGUCAUGGAGCCAAUCAGAAAUGGCAGUCCAAUGGGAUUUCCAAGUGGCUCGCCUGGCAUGCGUGAAGGAUGUGUUGAUUCAUCAAUCGGACGGGAUAUAACAGAUUCAGCUGGUCCUAUGACUCUACACCCUGCACUGCCUUUUGGAGGUUUGACGGGGUUGGCACCACAGGGAACUACAAUACCACUGGAAACAUUUGCUUUCUCAUCAUUAUACUCGUCAGCAAUGAACACUUCUAACAAGGGCAUUGAGAGUUUUCCACACUUGUCAUCGAUGUAUUCUGCUGGUACCACUUCCAGUCGGCCAAUAUCUUGUCCAACAAAUGCUGGUGGACCUGGGAGAUCCUUCUCACAAGUCAUAGGCAGUGGAUAUUCCCCUCAGUCUGUCUUGCAUCAGGGGUUUGAAAUGAAUGCUGUUGGUUCUAACAUGCCUGUUAGAUUGAGUUCAUCCCCCAACAACUUUUCCUCUACAAACCACACACAAACUGGCAGUUGUUUCUCACAGUCAAAUUCUUCUGGCAAGACCAAUCCGACGGGAACCAGUGUCCUGUGGGGUUCAGGUAUGAAUCCCUAUAACAGUCAAGGAUACAGUGGUGACCAGACGUUAGCAAACAGAAUUGCUAAUUCCUUGUCCAAGUACAGGAGUGUUCCAAUCAAGAGGAAAUCAGAUGCUGACCUUGGUUCUCCAAUGAAAGUCUACCUAAGUGAAAAAAAGAUGGCUGCCCGCAUGCAAAACUUGACUAUUAGCGACAACAAACGGCCGGUUCCCUUAUCGAUGAAAGAAAUAGAGGAUAGGCUGUCAUCAGAUGAUGAAGAUAAUGAUGUCGUUGAUGAUAAGGAUCAUCAUAUAAAGCUCUCCAAGGAUUUGAAAGACAAACUCAGGAAACAGGCGAAGGAUGAGAUUCUGCCAAAGUCGAUCCUUGAAAACAUUGCCGCCUUAUCUUGCAAACCUAGUAUGGAGAUAGUUCUGUGGAAACCACCAGGUGGCCUCCUGUCUGAUUUUCUAGUGAAACCAUCAGUGGAGGCAGAGUCAACUGAAGAAUCGACGCCUCACAUAUCAUCAGAGCGUACACAGAGUGCAGACAUGUCCAUGGAUGCGUCUGAUGAGGUGCUUCCCGAUUCCAAUGGCGGAUCAAAAACAAUCUGGGUGAUGCCAGAAACUCUGGUGCCACAAGCAGGGGCUUCACCAGCCAGCCUAGCCCAACCACUCGGGUUUGGUCAGCCCGCAGAUAUGAGCAUGGCAGCUAUGGAUGCGAGAGCAGUGCUGGCUGGUGUGCAGCCUGGAUCCAUGGCAGCUAUGAAUUUGUUAGCGAUGCCCUCUGUAGGUACAGCGCAAGGUUCUGUAGCAUUUAUGACUGACACAUUAGGUGCAAACAUGAGUUCAGCUGCAACUGCUGCAGUUCCUCAUCCACCUGUUGCACCCAUUUCAGUUCAGCAUCAGUUUCUAGAGGAUAAUAAUAAUGUUAUUUCACAGCAAGACUUGUUUGAUGCACUUGAUGACGAGAUGGACUUAUGAUCAGUGACGUUCUUCAUUUGUAAAUACAUUUGUUUGGAUCGUAUGUGUAAUCUAGUAAUAGGAUGUGAAAACUUUAAUGACUAAGGGGAUUCACCAAUCAGUGUGGUUCCAAUAUAUAUGUGCUAUGUGCUUAUAACUAGGUGUUCUAUAAACUUUUGGCAAGGCCAAAGACUGCCAGGUGAAAACGUCGUUUGCGUUUCAACCGACAUGUAUCAAAGUUUCUCAGUGUUUUUGUUGACAACGUACGCGUAUGCCACGAUAUCUGGAGAACUUCCUCGCUGCUGUGUGUUCAGGUUACAAAGGUUUCAGUACUUUUGUUGUAACUUGAUAAUAGUUGUAAAUGAUCCUAGUAACUUUGAUUGCACUCAAGACAGCCUCACCUAGCAACUUUUCAACUGGAUGUGUGGUCAACAUAGCAAUUGGCCUGCAUACUUCAUGUUACUAAAAGCAAUCCGAGAUUGUGACGUGAAUUGUGGUCAGAUCUGUUCAACCAAAUCAUACAAAGAUUCAAGAAACCAACCCAGUGUAAUGUUUAUUCUGAUAUUGACUGGCUGGCACAUGUAGAUAAAUGUUUGUAUAUUCUGUAAUCCUACCUACAUGUAGUCAAUGUCACACUGCCAGUGUUGGUGCAGCACUGUCACAAUGAGUGGAGAGCUUCAAGGGGGGGGGGGGGAGUUUGUCCACAUCUUAACUUGGUUACAACCGUACACAUGUAUCGAUUUGACAAGAUUUUUGAUGGGUGUUUGUAGUUCAGGUUCUUAAAAUGUGUAACCUUCAAAAUCAAUGUGUGAUGCUUUUUGCUCAAGGACUCCCCUCUAAUUAUCUCAGCAUGUGAUGUUUUGUGGUUCUUCUUGCAUAUUUGUAUUGUGCUUGCCUCUUUUGUAUGGUUUGAGGAAUCACUCUGUAG